AAUGGUUACAACGCAUCAAUGAUUUUAUUUUGAAAAUCCAAACAGGAAAGCGCACACUUUGUUUAGCUGGUUUGAUACUGAAACUUCCACCAAGAUACAGCAUUAGGUGAUCUACAGACAGACAGAGAAGCCAUUUUGUGAGUAUAACAACUUGAAUAAAUCAGCACGUCUCUCCGAGAAGUCAUGGCAGACCUUGGCAUUAAAGCAGGGGACAAGGUGAUGCUGGUUUGGACUCAGCCCUCAGCACCAGAGGCCCUGAAACCAUAUGUAGAGGAACUGGGGGCCAUUGUUGGUGCGGACUGCAAAGUGUCAGUGGAGAACAUGGAGAGACUCCUGCUGUCCUCCUACUCAGCAUCCAGCUUUGACUGGGUGCUGUCAUGUCUCCUGGCCGACUGCUCCUCGGUCCACAGCGCCGAGACUCUAGCAGAAAUGGCCAGAUUGCUCAAACCUGGUGGGAAGCUAGUUCUGGAUGAAGCAGUUACAGGAGCUGAGGCGCAGAGUGUGCGGACUGCUGAGAAGCUGAUUUCAGCUCUGAAGUUGUCAGGGUUCAUGUCAGUGACAGAGGUCAGUAAAGCACAGCUAAGUCCUGAGGUGUUGAGCUCCCUUUGUACGGCUACUGGUUACCAAGGAGACAAUCUGUCUAGAGUCCGCAUAUCUGCCUCCAAACCCAGUUUUGAGGUGGGAUCAUCCAGCCAGAUUAAACUGUCAUUCGGGAAAAAGCCAGCAGAGAAACCUGCUCUGGAUCCCAACGCUGUCAAAAUGUGGACACUGUCAGCCAAUGACAUGGAUGAUGAUGAUGUGGAUCUGGUGGACUCUGAUGCUCUGCUGGAUGAAGAAGACUUGAAGAAGCCAGACCCAUUAUCUCUUAAAGCCCCCACAUGUGGAGAAGGAGCUAACAAGAAGAAAGCCUGCAAGAACUGCACAUGUGGGCUUGCUGAGGAGCUGGAGCAGGACAGUAAAGCAAAACAGAAGACUAACUUGCCAAAAUCUUCCUGUGGAAGCUGUUACCUUGGUGAUGCGUUCCGGUGUGCCAGCUGUCCGUACAUGGGGAUGCCAGCGUUCAAACCCGGAGAGAAGAUUGUGCUGGACAACAUGACGCUGACAGAUGCUUGAAACUCAAGCUUCACACAUCCUGCUCAUGCCUCAAAAUAUUACAUUCCUUCCUCCCCCCCCCAUCCCCACUGAAACAACCCUAGAGAUGUGGUUUCCUCUGCAAAAAUGAGCAGAUGUGAUGGGGUUUGGGCAUCGCAGUUUUCCUCCUGCUGUUAAUUAUGCAAAUGAUGGUGAGAGUUACCAAGGGGGGUUUCUUUCUAGUACGUGAAAGCACUGAAAUGCAUGUUCUUGUUCUAUUCAUAUCUGACCAUGACAUAUUUCAGUAUGAAGUAAAACUACCAAAUGUUCACCAGUGCAAUUGAAGCAUACAGAGGUCCAUAGAAUCUGUCCAAUUCAAGCUUAUUUAUGUACGUACAGGAAAAUAGUAUGGCCGUAAGACAUGUGGCCUUUUUGUUUCAUUUUAAUACAAUAAACUGAAGCCCAAGGUU